AUGUCGGCUCUGGAUACGAACAGUGAACUGACUGAACUUGGGCGUAUCUUAGCGCGACUUCCGAUUGAACCGAUUCUUGGCAAAACACUCGUUUUGGCCACUGCUUGCGGUGUUGGCGAAUUGCUGGCCACAAUCGCAGCAGCAUCGUCGUUCUCGACACCAUUCAUACCGCGUGAACGAAUGGCUUCAAAACUUUCAACACAGCAACGUUCAUUUGCCGGCACCCGACACUCCGAUCAUAUAGCCCUGAUCAGUGUAUUCAAUCAAUUUCGUAAAUCAUACGAUGAGGGCCCUGUUACCGAGAAAAAUUUCUGUGAUCGAUACUCGUUGAGUUCUACAGGGAAUUGA